AAACCAGCCGCACCAGUCAAUUCUAGGGAAGCAGGUGUGAAAGACAGUUUGCCGAGUUUUAAUCGAUUUUUUUCCGGUUGAUGGAGAGGAAGGAUACUUGGUGAAUUGUUGGAUUGAUUUUAGUUGUUGGGAACCGGAAGUUCGUUUCCAACGUGUGCAAUUAAAGUGUUAAGGAAGGUGUAAAGGAUCUCAACGUAUAGAUAGAAAGUGUACUGAAUCGGUGCAAUGAAGCAAUUCUUUUAUUGUCUAGUAUUUUGUGUUAUACUGAGGAUAGACACAAUACAAGGAACAUUACCCGGAAUCCUAUCGAUGACAUGUUCCCGCACCGAUCCCAACUUCGACCGAUGCGUCAGAGCCGUGGUGGAAAACAUCCGACCUAACAUCGCCGUGGGAAACUACGGUCCGGGUCAACCUAGAGCUCCCUCGCUAGAACCGAUCUUUGUCGAGAAGAUGGUCAUCGAUCAUGGAUCCAGCUUCCAAGCUAAGCUGUCCAACGUGACGAUCAAGGGAGCCGGUGGAUUCGUUAUAGGGAAAAUAAAAUUGAACUGGGAAGAGAAAUCUAUCAGCGUGGGUGUAAAACUUCCAAAAAUGUUGGUUAACGGAAAAUACACGAUGGACAUGCGACUGCUGCUGCUCAGGAUCACUGGUCAGGGUGACUUCGAUUUGCGUCUCGAUGACACACUCUGCAACCUGAAGUUGAAAUAUUUCUACGUUCCGGGUGCCGACGGUCAACAGACCGUCCAGUUCCAACCGAUUCAGGUGCGGCUGAAGUUCGUCAAGGGACGUUUCAAUCUGGAGAACCUGUUCAACGGUGAUAAGACCCUGGGACAGGUUGGCAACAAUGUGAUCAACGAGGAUCCGCUGGUACUACUGGAGGAGGUGCGAGCGGCUUUCGAGGAGAGUCUGGGCAAAAUUUUCACCGCGAUCGCAAACAGUGCGGUCAGUGGGGCAACGGAACAGGAACUUCUACCGCUUUAAUUAUGAUUAGUGUACUGUCCAAAAAGAUUUUACUGUUAGUACAAAAUGUUCUGGUAUUGUUCUCUAUUGAAUUACUGAUCUUCGUUGACUGGUGUUUGACACUUUAUGAAAAAAUAUGAAAAAAUAACUUUUUAUGGAAA